UGCUGUGUCACCCGGUAGGUUUGGCAGUCCGUAUUUGAGCUGCCUCGCCUCUCUCUCUCUCUCUCUCUCUCUGCACUUUCUCUCUGCGCUUAUAUGGCUAGCUAGGUAACUAGCUGGGUCAAUGCAGUUUAAAUCUAACUCUGCUUCUAGUUGUAUUAGUCGUAUGUAYGGGGAUACGCGUGGUUAUACAUCGUCCAAUGGAAGUGGUUACUUGCGGUUUCCUUCUCCACAAUGCAACARCAAUAAKAAUUAGUAGUUAAUAAGCGUUGCAUUGGGGAGAGAAAAUAGGCUUGUCGGAGCAUGUCCGUAGCGACAGGCAACGUUACGGUUGUUUCUAACUGAGGGAGAAGUGGCAGGAGAGGGAGGAAGGAUUUUGCCUUCGGACCAGAGGAAUACUACCCAUCUAAACCGAGCUGUGGACUUGUGCUACCUCGAAGGAGAUCAGAGGGCGUUAUAACGCAGGAAUAACAUCACCAUGGGUUUCUACGGCACGUUGAAGCUCAUAUUCUAUAAAGUUCCAUUCCAGACCACGCCCACUACCUUUGGGGACCUGCGAGCAGCCAAUGGGCAUUCAGCYCAGCGGAGACGUGUCACCUCAGGCCCGCCCCCCUCCGGCCUACAGGACUGGCURCACACCUUCCAGGCGUGGAGUGGUCCUGAGCGUCUAUUGGCUCUGGAUGAGUUGAUUGACAGCUGCGAGUCCAAUCAGGUGAAGCACAUGAUGCAGGUUAUUGAGCCUCAGUUCCAACGAGACUUCAUCUCCCUGCUGCCCAAAGAGUUGUCCCUGUAUGUCCUGAUGUUCCUGGAGCCCAGAGAUCUGAUGCUAGCUGCUCAGACCUGUUCCUAUGGAGGAUACUGGCUGAGGGAUAACCUGCUGUGGAGGGAGAAGUGUCGGGAGGAGG